UUUGACGUAAAUGUCAAAUAAAUAAACAUGUCCUUUGCACAAAGAUGAAUUUUUCGUGCUCGCCGCUUAACAUUUUUACUUUUCGUUGAACCAGUCAUGAAUACCGUCUAAUUCUUUUGAUUCACAGUCAAUCAUGACGAAGAAAUUCGAGUUCGAUUGGCACAUCCCCGUGCCGGAGCCCCUGCUCACAGGCUGCGUCGUUGAUAGAUGGUCGGAGGAACCCAACGAAAUCGAAUGGAAAGCCCUUUUCCGAGUCGACGAGUACGGAUUUUUCAUCUAUUGGAAAAGCGAGGGAAAGGAGGGCGACGUUAUCGAAUUGUGCCAAGUGAGCGAUGUGAGAGCCGGGGGGCUACCGAAAGAUCCCAAAUUGUUCAGCCAACUUGAGAGCAAACACGGGCCGGAUCUUGAGAAGAAGUCGCUGACCAUUUGUAGCGGCACCGAUUAUAUCAAUAUUAAUUACCAGCAUAUUGUGUGCCCUAAUGCGGAGACGGCAAAGAUCUGGCAACAAGCUUUGAGGAGUAUUACUCACAACAAUAAAGUUGUUAACGUUUGCCCGAGAACUGCCUUGAUGAAACAUUGGAUGCGGCUCGGUUUUUUGACCGAUGCCAGAGGUAAAGUGCCAGUCAAAGUCGUGGCGCGUACUUUCGCUUCCGGAAAAACCGAAAAAUUGGUUUACCAAUGUUUAGCCGAUUUGGAUCUACCGAGUGGCAAAAACGAAGUCAUCGAACCGGAACACUUCACAUUCGAGAAGUUUUACGCCCUGUAUCACAAAAUAUGUCCUCGGAACGACAUCGAGGAGCUAUUCCGCAGCAUUACACAAGGCAAAGCCGACUAUAUGAAUCUCGAGCAGUUUAUUAAUUUUCUCAACGAGAAACAACGAGAUCCUCGUUUGAACGAGAUUUUGUAUCCGCAUUAUGAUGCGAAAAGAGCGUCGGAAAUAAUCGCCACUUACGAGCAAGACGAGGCGGCUAGAGCUGCAAAUAGGUUGACAAAAGACGGUCUUAUUAGAUAUUUAAUGUCGGAUGAAAAUGCGCCAGUGUUUUUGGACCGUCUGGAUAUCUAUAUGGAAAUGGAUCAGCCUCUAUGCGCCUACUAUAUAAAUUCUAGUCACAAUACGUAUUUGAGUGGUCGGCAAUUUGGUGGUCGAUCGUCUGUUGAAAUGUACAGACAAGUGUUGUUGGCGGGGUGUCGGUGUGUCGAACUCGAUUGUUGGGACGGCCGAGGCGAAGACGAGGAGCCGAUCAUAACCCACGGUCGCGCCAUGUGCACGGACAUCCUCUUCAAAGACGUUAUCUACGCUAUCCGAGACACUGCUUUCGUAACAUCCGACUAUCCCGUAAUUCUCUCCUUUGAAAAUCACUGUUGCAAGAGCCAACAAUACAAACUAGCAAAGUACUGCGACGAAAUCCUUGGCGACCUGCUCCUCAGAGAACCACUUCCAGAAUAUCCCCUUGAACCGGGUCUACCUUUACCGCCACCUUCGGCCCUAAAACGUAAAAUUCUAAUUAAGAAUAAGAGACUCAAACCAGAAGUGGAAAAACAAGAAUUGGAAUUGUUCCGACAAGGCGAAUUUGUGAUUGAAGAUGAAGAAAAAGAAGACGCCAGUGCGUCAGCCGACAGGCCAAUACCGCCAGAUAUUUCGGCUGAAACACCGGCGACUGAUGGGGGACCUGGUGACGGGGAUAUCGCGGCGCCGCCUAUAAUACAUACCGCGUCAACCACGAAUGUGCAUCCAUGGCUGAGUUCAAUGGUAAAUUAUGCCCAACCUGUCAAAUUUCAAACUUUUGAUUAUGCCGAAGAGAAGAACGUACAUUUUAAUAUGUCAAGUUUUUCGGAACCGGUCGGCCUGAAUUUGCUCAAAACCCAAGCGAUUGAAUUCGUUAAUUACAACAAGCGUCAAAUGUCACGAAUUUACCCGAGCGGCGCCCGUGCCAACUCGUCCAAUUACAUGCCGCAAGUUUUCUGGAAUGCGGGUUGCCAAAUGGUCUCUUUGAACUUCCAGACUUCGGAUCUUCCCAUGCAAUUGAACCAAGGAAAAUUCGAAUAUAACGGCAACUGUGGAUAUUUAUUAAAACCUGAUUUUAUGAGACGACCCGAUAGGACUUUCGAUCCGUUUGCUGAAAGUCCUGUAGAUGGCGUUAUUGCGGCUCAAUGUUCGGUCCAAGUGAUCGCCGGACAGUUUUUGUCUGACAAAAAGGUAGGUACCUAUGUUGAGGUCGAUAUGUAUGGCUUACCUACCGAUACGAUCCGACGCGAGUUCCGAACUCGGAUGGUUCCGGCCAAUGGUUUGAAUCCGGUUUAUAAUGAAGAACCGUUUCUCUUCCGGAAAGUGGUUCUUCCGGAUUUGGCUGUGUUAAGAUUUGGGGUUUACGAUGAGAAUAAUAAACUUCUGGGUCAGAGAAUUUUACCAUUGGAUGGUCUACAAGCCGGAUAUCGACAUAUUUCAUUGAGAACUGAAGCUAACUUUCCCAUGUCUCUUCCGAUGCUCUUUUGUAAUAUAGAGUUAAAAAUUUACGUCCCAGAUGGUUUUGAGGAUUUCAUGGCGGCGUUGAGUGACCCUCGAGGAUUUAGUGGAGCCCGACAAAAGCAAAGCGAACAAAUGUCGUCAAUGGGGAUCGAGGUGACUGAUAAAGGAAUGGAAAAGAAGGAAAAAGAGAAAGAGGAAAAGAAAGAAGAACCGCUUGUCUUUGAACCAAUCACUAUAGAAUCGAUAAAACAAGAUAAGGCCUUCCAGAAAACAACAAAGAAACAACAGAAAGAAUAUGAUACACUUAAAAAGAAACAAACGAAGGAGAAACUUGGGGUGCAAAAAGCCCAAUGUUCGGCUAUAGAAAAGUUAAUUAAGGGCAAAAACAAAAAUGAUGUGAUUAAUGAUCCGGGGGUGCGUAAACUUGUAACGGAACAAACUCUCGAAUGGUCGGCGCUCAUGGAACGCCACCGGAAACAAGAAUGGGAAUUUUUGCGUAAUCAAUUGGAUGAACAACGUGACGCUUUAAAACGUCACAUGGUUAUAUUACAAGCUGCUCAAAUGAAACAAUUAGAGGCCAAACAUGAUAGAGAGUGUAAAGAAAUGAUAAGUCAACAAGCGAAAGUUUCGGUGGAAAUCGCCAAAGAAGUUGCCAAUGACAAAAACUUGAAAAAUAAGCGAGACAAAGAGAGGAGAUUGAAAGAGAAACAACAAAACAAUACGAAACGUUUUCUGGAAGAGAGAAAAGCAGCAUCGAAUCGACAAGCCAAAGAGAAAGAAAAGUUGAAGAUCAAACAUGAGAAACAGUUGGAAAUGUUGUCUCAUGAUAUACAGAAGUUGAUCGAUAUGUAUAAGAAUGAAGAGUUGGAGUAUGAGAUGUCAAGCAAAAGCGAGUUUUUUGCUUAAGGACCAAAUAUUUCUGUGUUAUUCUAGUCUUGAUGUUUUGUUUCAGAUACUCGCCUUAAAUUGGAAUUGGUACUAAAUAGUUACAAAUUUCUGUUCCUAGCGUUCAGUUGUGGUAAAAUGUUACUAAAUAUAAAUUUUAUGUCAGUUAAGUUUAGGGAUAAAGUUAAAAGUACCCCAAUUAUAAACAUAAAUGUCUAAUAAAUUCUACUACUAA